AUGCAACAGAUCUCUCGCAAGGUCGUUCAGACCGUGCACGCUGCUGAGCAAGGCGAAGGUGUCGGCGCCAAGGUGCGCCGCGCCAUGGGCAACCGCCAGCUGCGCAACUUUAGCCCCUUUUUGAUGCUCGAUGAGUUUACGGUCGGCGAAGGCGCCGGCUUCUCGGACCACCCUCACCGUGGCCAGACGACGGUGACCUACAUGUUGGAUGGCAACAUGGAGCACGAAGACUUUGCUGGCCACCGCGGCACGAUCGGCCCCGGCGACCUGCAGUGGAUGAUGGUCGGCCGUGGUAUCAUGCACGCCGAGAUGCCCAAGCACCGUGACGAGCACGGCAACAAGCUGCCGACCCCCCACGGCCUGCAGCUCUGGAUCGACCUGCCGGUCGAGGCCAAGACCGCCGACCCCUCCUACCAGGAGUUCUCUGGCAAGAACAUCCCGUCGCAGACCCCCCGGUCGUCCGAACCGAAGGAGACCGAGGGCCACGGCUGGUCGAUGAAGGUUAUCUCUGGCACGAGCCACGGCGUCGAGUCGCCUGUGCGCCUGCCCAAGAACGGUGGAUGCUACUACAUGGACAUUACGCUGCAGCCCGGCGGCUGGAUCUUCCAAGACAUCCCCCACGGCUGGAACGCCUUCCUGUACGGCCUCAAGGGCAGUGUGAAGGUCGGCGACAAUGAAAAGCUGUACGACGCUCACCAUACCCUUGUCCUCUCGAACCCCGCGCGCAAGACGGACACGGCCGAGGAGGCCGAGCUCGUGCUGAGCAACACGGACGGUGUGCGCAUCGAGAACCCCACCGAUGCCCCCGCGCAGUAUGUGCUGAUUGCCGGCGAGCCGAUGGACCACCCCGUGGUGCAGUACGGGCCGUUUGUCAUGACCUCUCAGCGCGAGGUCUUCCAGGCGGUCGAGGACUUCCAGGCGCACCGCAACGGCUUUGAGCGUGCGGCCAACUGGCAGUCGGAGAUUGCCAAGAACUUCCGCCAUUAA